CAGUUACGUCAGCACAAUAGUGCCAACAUGGCGUUCACGCUGUAUGCACUGAUUCAAACAGCGAUUUUAUUCACUAAUGCCAUCGCAAUUCUUCACGAAGAGAGAUUUCUUUGUAAAAUUGGCUGGGGAGUAGAGCAAGGAAUCGGAGGUUUUGGAGAUGAUCCCGGGGUUAAAGCACAACUUCUCAACCUUAUUCGAUCUGUCAGGACUGUCAUGAGAGUGCCUCUGAUAGCAGUCAAUUUAGUGUGUAUCGUCUUACUAUUAUUGUUUGGAUGAAGAAAGAACGGACUGCAAUGGAACAGGAUCUUAUGUGGAACACAGCGAAUGCGGCAAUGGAAGAAAAAAAGAUUCUGUAUCUGUGGUUAUACACCGAUCGUGUUAUAUGUGUAUAUGUUGCUCUCUAAAUGUCUCAAAAUUGUAUUCUAAAUUUACUGUAAAUCCUCUGGGAGUUAUAUAUUAAAAUAUCAGUUUUUCAUGUUAUGUAACUAGUUCCUGAUGUUACAAAAUCACAUGUGAUUAUCAGUAUGUGCUAUUUUUGUCAUGUUCAGGGUCUAGAAAUGUUUCCCUUUAUCUGGAUUCCAUGAGAACAAGCAACUAUGAAAUGAGCCAGGCAGGUUUCCAAAAGCUGCACAGUUGUCUUCUUGAGGUUUUAUUUUGGUCUCAAAUAUAUUUUCUUUCCUUACAUUUUAGCAUAAAAAAGACCAUUUGAAAGGUUAAAGUUGUGCCUGAUUAAUUUAAGAAAGAAAUGUCUGCAUUCUUUAAUGACCGAAGGGAAAGCAUCUGAAGUUAAUAAAGAUAUUCUAGCUGGGAUGAAA